UUUGACUCCAGCCAUGCUCUCCUUCUCAAAGCCGCCCCUCCUGGGCCUGAGUGUGCUGCUCUUUCUGUUGCACCACUCCGCUGUUCUCUCCGAUAGUCACUUGGGGCCUUGGACCAACAGCCAGUGCCACAAAGCUUCUUUUGUUCCGGGCCACAACCUGGUGGGUCAGGGCUACGAUGUGGUCACCCUGAAGCGAAAACACCACGUGAUCGACAUGACGAAAUACCUGAAACCAGGUGGCUCCUGCAGUCUGUACCGUAACCCUCAUCAAGGCAACGUUCUGCAGAAAGUGCCCAUGGCUGUAGAGGAGUGGCGUGCAUUCAGCCACUGUAAUGUGCACCUGGACCACAGUGAACACAACUCUGUCAGCUCCCUGCUCAGGCACUACUCCAACAGUAAUGGAUGGCAGAAUGGCUUUAGUUUCCUCCCGUACGACCGGAACUAUGUGGGAACACGGUCCGAUCUGUAUAAAUUUGCUGCAGCCAAGAACCAAGAGGACUACCGCUACUUCAGCAGUCACAGACUCACCUGUAGCCAUUACAGUUACCGUUUGUUGAACCACCCGGAAAAAUACAUCAGCAGAGAAUUCUACAGUGUUUUGCAAAGGCUUCCCCAUUCCUACAGCAGCUCCACCAAAACCCAUUACAGAAGUUUCAUCAACAACUAUGGCACACAUUAUACGCACCAGGUUCAAUUUGGGGGGCAACUGAAUCGAGUCAGGGCCGCAUGUAUCUGUUCGUCCUCACUGAAUCGGCUCUCCUCACAGCAGGUGCACGACUGCUUGAAGCGGGGAAUCUCUGUUGGCCUUGGUCAUUCCGCUGUAGCUCACAUCAAGUCUUGCAACAAUGUCCUCCACAAUCAGGACUUCUCCACCACGUACAACUCCAGUCUCAGUAACCACUACACACAGGUGGUAGGUGGAAAAGGUUGGUCUGGUGAGUUUUCUCUCAUCCAUAAAGACUCCUUGGGCUACAACAAUUGGCUGAAGACCCUCACCUCCCACCCUGACGUUGUGAAGUACUCCCUGAGACCGCUGCACCAACUGGUGUCGGACUUUAAACGAAAGAUAGCCCUGAAGGCUGCUAUUGAAGAUUACCUGAGGGAAAACGCCAUCAGGCCCUGGAGCCAGGCAGGCUAUGGAGGCCAGUACCUGAACUCCCCAAAGUGCUGUUCUCGACAGGUGGACACUUCUCAGUCUUUCACAGUCGAGGUCUGGAACAGUGGCAGAUAUGAACAGAAUGCACUUCUGGUGUCAUGUGCGUUCAAUGUGAAGCAAGGGACACACACUCAGAGCUGUCCUAGCCUGAACGGGCACGUCGUGUUCAAGUACACUCUGACCUGCGACCAGUACUACACUGGAAACCAGUGCAACCAACAAUACAGACCAGUUAUUAAUUGAGGAACACGUGAACGCGCGUGUCGCUGGCUUUCCUUUUUAUGCUGAUAUCACAUCUGCUGAUUACUUUCUUUAAGUUGUCAUUGAACACAAUAUAUGGUUUCUUUAAAAACAUUUGAAAUCAAUGUUGUUUUUGUGGCAGUAGGGUUAAAGGUAAAGGGUUUAUUUACUGCAGGAAUUUGAUCGUGGUUGAAAAGAAUAGGCUUCUGUUUUACACCUGGUUUUAUCAACAUUACUGAUUCAUUGGUUGUUUUUUACGGUUACGGUUUAAAUCUUUCUAAAUGUCUGCUGUAACUACGACAUUGUUCUGUCCCUUCUAAAGCAAAUAAAAGCAAAGGAAACCUGA